ACAACUAGUGUCACUUAUGCGCUCGCUCGCUCACUUAUGCGCUCGCUCGCUCACUCGCUCACAUUCAGCUGAUGAUGACUGUCGCGGCACUGACGUUUUGCCAACCUAGCUUCCUUUGUCACGACUUUUGCCUGUAUGGCGCGUGCAUACGAAAGUAAAGCCUAGGACUGGCAUUCCGGGCGCCAGCAGCGACCCUGGCAGCGACCAGCGACCGCGAUGGAGGCUAACGGCUUCCACGUCGUAUUAGUCGAGGAUGAUAACAUUUGCCUGAAAGUGGUGGAGCAGCUGCUGCGGAAGCUUUCGUACAGAGUCAGCACCGCAUCCGAUGGUGCCGCAGCGCUCAAAGUCCUGGCUGACUGCAAGCAGAGGGGCGACAAAGUAGACCUCAUUCUCACGGACAUCCUGAUGCCAGAGGUUACCGGGUUUGACCUCAUCAACGAGGUCGUGCAUGGAGAGACCUUUGCCGAUAUUCCGGUCGUGGUUAUGUCGUCUCAAGACUCGCAGGAAAGUGUCUUGCAGGCAUUUCAGGCGGGCGCAGCGGACUACCUCAUCAAGCCCAUUCGGAAAAAUGAGCUUGCAACGCUCUGGCAGCACGUCUGGCGUGCAAACCGCGCCAAGGGUGGACAGACCAGCAGCGGCGCCGCGCAUGUGGGCGCAGGCGGCAGGGGGGGCACCAGCAGCCGCGAUGGCGGUGGCGUUGCCGGGACGCGGUGCGGCCCAGGCGACCGCGGCGGCAGCGGCGGCGACGCUGAGGGUAGUGGGCUAGGCGGCGGCGCGGGUGCAGUCAAGGACAGCAGCGGCGGCAGUACCGGCGCCGCCACUUCAGUGCUGCACUCCACUGGUGGCACGACGCUGCCCUCACGUGCGGCCACCGGUCGGCACGCUAGCACCUCAGCUGGACACGGCGUCACCAGCGCUGACCCCAGCAACAACCAAACCUCGCACGCGCACGCGCAUGCGCAUGCGCACGCUCACGGGAACGCGCACGCGCACGCGCACCUUCAUAUGCACGGCGCAACAGAUCGUGCGGCGCAGGGCAGCAGCGCUAACGGCCCGGCCAACCACGGGGCCGCUGGGACAGGGCUGCAGUCCGCUGGGAUGGCAGGUUCCACGGCUGCAGGCGCGGCUGCGCCCGCCGGUGAGUCGCUGGCCAAGCCGCCCUUCGCCUCCCUAGCCGUCCACUUCGACCUGCACUCAGUCCUGGCGGGCGCGGGAGCGGCUGCAGCCAAUGGUGGCGCCAAUGCCGCAGCUCACACUGCUGGCGCCACCGGGCGAGAGAGCGGCCAGGCGGCGGGCGCGGCCACAGGCGGCAUUGCCGCCGCCGGCACCGUCAUCGGCUGGUCGCAUGCGGACAUGGACGUGGACGGAGGGGAGGCCGGCGCGCAGGAUGAAGAUGACGAGGACGAGGACGACGGCGUGGAGGCGCCGGCGGGCACACAGAACCGGAAGCGCGCCGCGGAUGACUCGGGUUGCGACGGCGCCGCCGCCAACAACAACGGCAACACUGCCGCAAAGGCUGGCGCAGCGGCAAUCGCCGCGGGCGGGCCUGGGAGCUCGGGCAGGGCGAAGGCCACGGACGGCGCCCGCGCUGAGAUUCGCCACAACGGUGGGCCGAUGGCGGCGCGGAUGGCGGCUGCAGAGGGCUCUCAAGGCUCGCGCGCUGCAUCGGGCUCGGCGGCAACGGGACCGGGAGGAGCGCGGGAGGGCACUGCGACGCCUAGCGGCGACACCUUUGCGGAGAGCCCUUCCACCUUCACUUCCAUCAUCAACACCACCGGCUCGGGCAGCGAGGCCGACGAGCAGCCAGUGCCGCUGAAGCACCAGGAACAGCAACAGCAGCAACAGCAGCAGCGGGUCGGCGAGGGUGACAGGGCGAAGCCCGAACCGCACCCACAGAACCCUGCCCAGGCAGCACACCUGCCGCACCCGUCCGCGGCCCCAUGCUCGGGCGGUGGCGGUAUUGCGCAAGCGGCCCUACCCCUAGGGCUACAGGAGCUGGCAGCGCUGGGGGCGGCUCGGCACAAAGAGCUGUGGACGCAGCGGCACCUUAUGCAUCAGCGGCAGGCGGCGGCAGCGGCGACAGCAGCGGCGGCCUCGGCAGCUGCUGCAGCGGCAAUGCCCACGGCCGGCGCGAGCGCCGCGGCUCCUGCAGGCCCACCUUCGGCGCGGCCCUCCGCUUCCUUGGCAGACACGGGCGGCGACGGCCCCGCGGCUGCGACGGCGCCUGAGACGCGCGCAGAUGGGCCCUCUGGCCCUGCCACGACGCAGGGCCCCAAACGAGAUGCCGUCGCAGGUGCCGCGGCUGUCGGCAGCUCUGCACGGAGCGACAGUCCGCUGCCGGCAGCCGCCGCCGCGACGGCAGGCGCCAACGGCGCGAGCGGCGCCGCUUCUGACGUGUUGGCGGGCGCAGGCAGCCUUGCGCUUCUCCGGCACAGCGAUCGGUCUGCCUUCACCGCGUUCACGGUCUUCCUGCCCGGGCGUGUUGCCGCCGCCGCGGCCGCUGCAGCGGCCGCCGCCGCAGCUGCUACCAGCGCGGGCGCCAGCACCGGCACUGCCAACGGGGCUCCGCCGGCACCGGGCACCGCUCUGGCUGCCGCUGCCGCAGCAGCUGCCGCCGCUGCGUCAGCAGUGCCGCUGCCGCAUCCACACACAGCGCCCCCAGCGCUGUUCGGCGUCCCUCCGCCGUCCUCCGUGCCUCCCAGCUCGCUUUCUGUGCUACCUCCUGUGAUGCCGCUCCAUCCGGCCGCUGCCGCUGCAGCGGCGACGGCGGGUGGGGGCAAGCCCAGCGACGCAGCCACGUAUGCCGCGGCUGCUGCAGCUGGAUUGGUGCCGUAUCCAGGGUUUGCGCCGGCGCGGCCGGGGCCAUUUCCGCCGCCGCCAGGUUCUGGUGGCCCCGGCGCGCCGCCUGUGUACAUACCCGAGUCAGUCCUGCAGCUGAUUGCGCACCUGUCCGGCCGCGCGGCUGCGGAAAUUCCGGCGGUGCCGGCGGAGUCAGUGACGGCAGCACCGGUGGUUGUGCAGAAGAGCGGCGGCCCUGCCUCGGCGGCGCGACUGGCGGCAGUGGCCAAGUACCUGGAGAAGCGGAAGCACCGCAAUUUCCAGAAGAAGGUGCGCUACGAGAGCCGCAAGCGGCUCGCCGAGGCCCGGCCACGCGUCAGGGGGCAGUUCGUCAAGGCGGGCACCGCGGGUGCAGCGGCAGCGGCAGCGGCAGCGGCAGCCGCAGCCGCAGCCGGCACUGCCGCUACUGCUGCCGGCACCGGCACGGCCAGAGGUGCUGCCACCGCUUCUGGGGCUGCUGGGAAGCCGGAGCUACAGGGCCCCGACACGGCAGAAGAGGCUGCGGCUGCGACGCUGCUUAGCGCAGCAGCUGCUAUGGCAGCAGCGGCUGCGGGCACCAGUGGCCCCAGCGGCUCUGGGUCCGGCGCGAUGGAUGUGGACGGUGCCGACCCGGAAGCAGAUGCAGACGUCAUGGAUGAGGACGAUGGCGAAGACGACGGGUCGGACGAGUCCGCUGGGGAGCCCUAGUGGCUGUGGGCGCGGAGCCCUAGAGGAGGUAGUGGCAGUGGCGCCAGUGGUCUGCGGCGUACGAUGUAUGCAGGGCACGGCAUGGCAUGGCCCCAGCACGCUGGGGCAGGCAGCUGCUGCUGCAGCCCGUGAAUGGCCAGGGGGUUGACGCGCUGAGAAGGGCCAGCGCGAGAUGAUGAUCCAAGGCACGGCGCGAUGCAUGUACGCGUUGCCGCCGUAUUUAAAAGGGUUGCGAAGUAGGUGACGCGGCGCAUUGCUGCUUGGUUGUGCAAGAGUUCGCGCAGCGUUUGUUUGUUUUGUGCAACAUGUCGGCGGCCAGAAGCGUCGCGUCUGGAAGCUGCGUGGGAAGCGGUGGGAAGGAAAGCACACGGGUCGUUUCGUCAUUUCGUCUUUUUUUGUUAUUUUAAGGCAGCCACCUCCUUGUUUGUUAUUUUGUGCGUUGCCCGCAAGCGUGACGGGAAGGCGGCAGUAUGCAGCCAAGCCUUGCGUGCAGUUUUAGGCCAGGGCUGCAUAUGACGACCCCUCGCAUGACCAUGCACAUUUGGUAGCUGCUGGGGUAGCUAGAGAGUGCGGGCGUGGAUGGGUUGGCAUUGAGAGCGCCACAGUUUGAACCCGUGGAUGUUGGCAGAGAGAGUGGUGCACGUGCUCGUGUCGCUCAGAAGCCUGGCGCCGCUGGUAGGUCCACGUGGUAGAUCCUCACACGGUGGCAGAGCUAGCUUUGGUGCGUACCAGUACACGCCACACUUGAGAUGUGGGCCUAAAGUUUGCUAUGCAUGCAAUGGAGGUAUGAUGGAACUGCGCGGAUUGGCCCUGCUUUGCUGUAUGGCGGAUGCUCGGACGGGCUUGACGGGGCCGUUCACCCUCUGCUUGAUGUUGCUGGUGUCUACUGGCAUUCGGCGAAUGCGUGGCUUGCAGCGGUGCAGCAGCGCAACGGCCAAAGGCGAGGACCCAGAAACCGGACUCGGAAAUGUAUGCGUGUGGAUUGUUCCUGCAGCGUCUGUGGAUACUACGGGUAGAACAGGGGCUGCAAAGCCCAACGAUGGAUGUGAUUUUGGUUCCUGUUUUGGUGAGAGCGGCGCCGGCGCACUCAGCGCCGGCACGCUGAGCGUGACCCGGAAGUCGUGAAGGCUUAUAUAUGCGGCCUUUUUGGUGGCAGUGGUGAGAGCGUGGGUGUCACAGUGUGUUAAAACAUUUUGUGUUGGUACAUUAGAAGAUUUGUUGAAGACAGGGAGUGGAGUGUGAAGCGGGGCGUCUAUUGGCCACCCUCGCCUGCCCUCGCUAACGGACCGUGUCCCGAUCGGGGCCAUAUGAGGCUCUCGCCAUGCCGCGUCCAUUUUGAUGGGGCAGUUGCCUUUAAUGGGGGUUCGUCUACGGCUGGAAGUAUGGCAUGCACUGCAUUUGCCUCUUGGCUGGUUUGGGUCUUGAGAGUCGACUUGGGGUGGCCCAGCAAAGGCGUGUCGAGUCAACUGGCCAAGGCUGCUUUGGAGCAAGCGUAGAUCACGCAUGCGUAUUGUCUUUGUAAUAUUGAAUAUUG